GUUUUUCACCUUCUUCUACGCUUUCUAAAAAAUUCAUCCUUUUUAUUAUUACCUUCUUUCGAUUUCUUACUUACUUCAACCUCUUCAAUUCUUCAUCUAACCUUCUUCCCUCUUUCAGUCAUGGGUUUCACAGGCCCAUAAAUUAGAUUAGCUGUGAGGGAACAACUGCAACUAUUCAGAUUCAUUACAGUUGGUUUGAUUCUGAGACUAAAAUACUCUUAUUAUCCAAUUGUAUAUCCAGUCCCUAUCGCAAUCGAUAAGCUGCUUACAAGGUGUUAUUGGUGUUCUGAAUCUGGGGCAUUGUUCUAAGUAGAUAAGUUUAAUCACAUCUUUACAAGAUGCCAUAUUAUAUACAGAGACUGUAUAGGCUAUGCAGGACGUCGUUUUCACCCAAUGGACCAGUGUCAGAAGAAGCCGUUUCAAAAGUUUGCGAGAAGUUAGAAAAAAUGAAGCCAUCAGAUGUCGGUCUUGAACAGGAGGCUCAAGUGGUUCGCAAUUGGAAUGUUCAAAUGCCUGAAUCCAACGGGAACCAUCAACCACCGCCGAUCAAAUACUUACAUUUACAUGAAUGUGACAGCUUUUCUAUUGGAAUUUUUUGCAUGCCCCCCUCGUCGGUCAUUCCUCUCCAUAAUCAUCCUGGAAUGACAGUCCUAAGCAAGCUCAUAUAUGGUACGGUGCAUGUUAAAUCCUAUGACUGGAUCGAUUUCCCUGGCCCAACUGAUCCAACUGAAGCUAGAGCUGCAAAACUCGUGAAAGAUAAAGACAUGACAGCACCAACUUCAACAACAGUUCUUUAUCCUACCGUUGGAGGAAACAUACAUUGUUUUAAGGCCGUUACUCCUUGUGCAAUCUUUGACAUAUUAUCUCCACCUUAUUCUUCAGAGCAUGGAAGACACUGCACUUACUUCCAGCAAUCCCAAAGGAAAGAUCUUCCAGGUAAUCUUGAGUUGGAUGGAGGUAGUUUUUCUGAUGUGACCUGGUUGGAAGAAUUUCAACCUUCUGAUGAAUUUGCAAUCAGGAGAGGGCUGUACAAGGGUCCAGUUAUUAGAACAUAAUAACAACAAUUUUCUAGUUUUUCUAUUCUACUCUAUAUAUUACAUUUGAGAAGAAUUUGGCUUCUUAUAAUUAGGUUUUACAACAAAAGAGAAUUGUGGAAGAAGAUAUCAAAAGCCAAUUGCAAUAAUUUUUAUUCUUUUGGUCAUGUUAGUUAUUAUUAUUAGCAGCAUUUGGGUUGUACAUAACAAUGCCUAUUGCAUUCUCUCUUAAGUCACUGAUCUCAAAUUAAUCCAUUUAGAGUAGUUUCGGAUUUU